AUGGGAGCAUCAAGUUCAGAUGCUAGUACGAGUGCUUCACAAUUAGUUUCUGACGAUGAGGGCGCAAAACAAUCACCAACACAUAGUAUAAUGAGAACUUGGAGAACUUUAACAGAAAAUAUAGCUAUAAGACUUAUAGCAUUGUUCGUUUAUGGCGCACUUGGUUGCGUAGUACCGUAUAUCGCUUUGUAUCUCAGACAGCUAGGCCUAAAUGCCUUCCAAUUAGGUGUUCUCUUUACAAUUAGGCCCGUUCUCGGAGUGUUCUGUACGCCAAUUUGGGGAUAUAUUGCAGAUCGUUUUAAGAUCUGGCGAAUAAUUUUCAUAUUGUCCAUUAUUGGCUCGAUGUCAUUUGGCACUUCCGUGAUAUUUAUACCGACUGCAGAAAGAGUGCCUUGUAAUAAAGCUAUUCAAACGUUGGCAUCAUCUCUCGGAUUCCCACCUUAUGAAAACAAUCAUUCAUCAAUUAUUAAUAAAAAAUCGACAAUCACUGAUGAAGAAUAUUUAAGCGAGUUAAAAGAAACGAUGAUCAAGCAGCGUAAGCAAGAGAGUAAAACAUGGCUAUAUACUCAACAUGGUUUAACAAUCAUAUUUUUGGAGAUGGUAUUGCUGAUAUUUUUUUAUGAAACGUUUUUCGCUGCAAAUUUGGCAUUUGUGGAUGUGUCGAUUUUGUGUGAAUUAGAUGAAGAACACGAAUCCUACAGCAAGUUUCGUUCCUUCGGGUCACUAGGGUGGAUAAUCGG